AUGGGACUUACAGAGGAAAGCGCAGAAGCAAUUUGCAAAGUACGGCAUGUUGUUGCAAAGUGGUGGCGUCCCAACUUUGAAAAAGAAAUUUAUCCUUAUAUUCCUUCACAUAUCACGAAACCAAAAGAGAUGAUAAAACUGAUCGCCGUUAAUCUUCCUAAGAGUGCAGUAUUUACAAUUCCGAAGAAUAGUUUAUUGAUCGCAGCUCCGCUUUUUGAAAUCUAUGAUAAUGUAAAUGAAUAUGGAGCUAUUAUUGCAAAUUUGCCGCAUGUUCUUGGCCGCUUCGAAUUUAUCUACAAUCCGUGA